AAAUUUAUCAUUAGUUUUGCCCGAUCUGCCAGCAGAAGCAGGCGUUAAACUCGAAACAAAGUAACGAUCAAAAAUUCAAACAGUGUCGGGCGCGGGCGGCUGAAAUUAUAUAUUACUCGUAGUUAUAAUUUUUUAAACGGCUUCCAGGGUUAAAUCGCUAAUUAGUUACAAAUUAAACUAUGGAUUCUUUAAAAAACGUCAUUGGACUAUUUUUUAUUUUAGUAUUAAGUUCGUUGUCAUCGUCGGUUCGUUCGGAUUUGUUUCCCUUGUCAAUUAUUCAUAUUAAUGAUUUUCAUGCAAGAUUUGAACCUACUGAUACCUUUGGUGGCACUUGUGAUGAUGGUGAAGAAUGUAUCGGAGGCUACGCACGGACAGUUUACACAGUGCGCCGUCUAUUGGAGCAACAAAAACACAACAAUGCCAUUUAUUUAAAUGCUGGUGAUAGUUUCCAAGGGACUCUUUGGUACAACAUAGGUCGAUGGAAAGUGACAAGUCAGUUUCUUAAUAUGCUUCCAGCUGAUGCAAUGACUAUUGGAAACCAUGAAUUUGAUCAUAAAAUCGAAGGAUUGGUUCCAUUUCUGGAAACAAUAAAUUCACCAAUGGUGGCAGCAAAUAUUGAUGCUUCAGAGGAGCCAACAAUGCAAGGACUUUAUCAAAAUUCCAUAAUAAUCGAAAGAAGUGGAAGAAAAAUUGGUAUUAUUGGAGUUGUUUUGGCAACAUUUUAUGACCUUGCUGAUACUGGAAAUCUUAAGUUUCUCAAUGAAAGUGACGUUAUUAUUGAAGAAGCUCAAAAAUUGAAGCAACAAGGUGUCAAUAUUAUAAUUGCACUCACUCACUGUGGCUAUGAUGUUGAUCAGAUAAUUGCCGAACACGCAGGAGCUGAAAUCGACAUCAUUGUUGGGUCUCAUUCACAUACCUUUCUUUAUACUGGUGAUGUUAUGCCCGGACCUGACACGCCUAGAGGAGACUAUCCGACGGAAAUAAUUCACAAGGAUAGUGGUCAUCGGGUUUUGAUUGUUCAGGCGGCUGCCUAUGCUAAAUAUGUAGGAAAUAUAACGCUUUUCUUCGAUGACAAUGGAGAUGUGGUGUCUUAUGAAGGCGCACCUAUCUACAUGAGCAAAGAUGUGGAAGAAGACAAAGAAGUCCUUGAAGCAAUUGCUCCUUGGAAGGAAAUUGUUGACGAAAAAGGAAAUGUGAUUGUUGGAUCAUCGAGGGUGGCCUUGGAAAAGUGGCCAUGUGAAUCUGGAGAGUGUAAUCUUGGAAAUUUCUUCGCCGACGCAUUGGUACAUGUAUUUAUUAAUGCUUCCACAUUUUCACAAGAGAAUAAAUGGACAAAUGUCUCUAUAGCACUUGUUAAUGCGGGUGCAUUAAGGGUUCCCCUUAACAAAGGAAAUCUCACAUACGCACACGUUGUAACAAUGUCUCCGUUUGAAAAUUCACUAAUAGCUUUAAACUUAAAGGGACAAUACUUAUUGGAUACAUUGGAAUAUAGUGUAAAUCUAGUAGAAGCCGAAAAUGGAAUUCUCAGCUCUCGAAAUAUGCUUCAAGUGUCGGGUCUUAGAAUAGUAUACAAUUUUAAGAAUCCCCCAGGCAAACGAGUUCAAGAUGUACAAGUAAAAUGUUCAGAUUGUGAUAUACCAAGAUAUCUACCCUUGGACAAAGAUCAGGUGUACCGGAUCGUUACAGCUGAUUUUCUUGCUAACGGCGGAGAUGGAUUUACAACGUUAGCUGCUAAGGGCACAGACCAUGAAAAAUAUAAAACGGAUAUAGAAGCUUUAGUUGAAUACAUAAAUGUGGCGCAGCCGAUAACCACAGGUCUGGAAGGAAGGAUAAAAGUUAUUUAUUAGAGUCAACCAGUUUUAAUGUGUAUACAUAUGUGCCUAUAAAUAUUGUUGUAUUUACUUUUAUUUAAAUUUUGUUGUUAAUAUAUAUUUAAGAGUUGAA